AUGGGAAAGGGAUCGAAUGUGCAGAAAAAGCAGCAGGCCCAGCUACGCAACCAGAAAGAUAAAGGCAAAACCGAUGAGGAACGCAAAGCUGCUGCCAUCAAAACCAAGCAGGACGCAGCGGCAUUCAUAUGCGAGCUCUGUAAGCAGACUUUCAUGGUCAAUGCCCUUGCUAAGCACCCUGUUGGGACAUCUCCAUCUGCUUGUUUUCCGGUUCAGCUGAAGGAUUUCGACCCUAGUGACCCCAAGGGAGAAAAAAAGCUCAAGGAGGAGCCGGUGGCGGCAAUUAUAAAGCCGAAGAAGGUGGUUAAAAAAGAUCCUGGUCUGGACGAUCUUUUGAAUGCUGGUUUGACAAAAUCAAAUAAGAAGUAG